AUGAGGUUCUGGCUGAGAGGUUUGGUCUGCCAGGCUCUGAGAAGUUCUUGGGGAGUCUGCAGGAUUCACACACAGCCACCGCUGCCCCUUGUGCCUGAGGUUGUGGCCGCCUGGGAGGCCAUCAACCUGGGGAGGCAGCCAGUGCCUGAGUAUUUCAACUUUGCCCAUGAUGUGCUGGACAUGUGGAGUCAGCUGGAAAAGGCAGGGCACUGGCCCCCAAAUCCUGCAUUCUGGUGGGUGAAUGGCUCAGGAACAGAAGUCAAGUGGACGUUUGAGGAGCUGGGCAUGCAGUCCAGGAAGGCAGCCAAUGUCUUAGAGGGUGUGUGUGGCCUGCAACCUGGAGACAGAAUGAUGCUGGUGCUUCUACGACUCCCGGAUUGGUGGCUGAUCAGUGUGGCUUGUAUACGAACAGGAGUGGUCAUGAUCCCAGGUGUCUCCCAGCUGACAUCGAAGGAUCUCAAGUACCGUCUACAGGCAGGCAGGGCCAAGUCCAUCAUCACCAGUGAUGCCCUAGCUCCACAUGUGGAUGUCAUCAGUGCUGACUGCCCUUCCCUCCAAACCAAGCUUCUGGUGUCUGACACCAGUCGUCCAGGCUGGAUCAACUUUUGAGAAGUCCUGAGAGAGGCAUCUACAGAGCACAGCUGCGUGAGAACCAGGAGUCGAGAUUCAGUGGCCAUCUACUUCACCAGUGGAACCACAGGGGCCCCCAAGAUGGUGGAACAUUCCCAGUGCAGCUAUGGAUUGGGUUUUGUGGCCAGUGGAAGGAGGUGGAUGGCCUUAACUGAAUCUGACAUAUUCUGGAACACAACUGACACAGGUUGGGUGAAGGCAGCAUGGACUCUCUUCUCUGCCUGGUCCAAUGGAGCUUGCAUUUUUGUGCAUGAGCUGCCCCGAGUUGAUGCCAGAACUAUUCUAAAUACUCUCUGCAGGUUCCCAAUAACUACUAUUUGCUGUGUCCCAACCCUUUUCCGGAUGCUUGUACAAGAGGAUCUGACAAGGUACAAAUUUCAAUGCCUGAGGCACUGUUUGACUGGCGGAGAAGCCCUCAACCCUGAUGUGAGGGACAAGUGGAAGAGCCAGACAGGCCUGGAGCUCCAUGAAGACUAUGGACAAUCUGAACAGGUCGUCAUCUGUGGCAAUUCAAGAGACUCGCCGAUCAAGUCCGGAUCUAUAGGGAAAGCAAGCCCACCUUACAAUGUUCAAAUUGUAGAUGAGGAGGGCAAUGUCCUGCCUCCAGGAAAAGAAGGAAAUAUUGCCAUCCGCAUCAAACCCACCAGACCCUUCUGUUUCUUCAACUGCUAUCUGGACAAUCCUGAGAAGACAGCUGCAUCAGAGCAAGGAGACUUUUACAUCAAAAUCACUGGGGACCGAGCCCAUAUGGACGAGGAUGGCUACUUUUGGUUCUUGGGGAGAAAUGACGAUGUAAUCAACUCUUCAAGCUACAGGAUUGGGCCUGUUGAAGUGGAGAGUGCACUUGCUGAGCAUCCCGCUGUCCUCGAGUGGGCUGUGGUCAGCAGCCCAGACCCCAUCCGGGGAGAGGUGGUGAAAGCAUUUGUAGUCCUUUCUCCAGCCUAUGCGUCUCAUGACCCAGACGCACUGACCAAGGAACUUCAGAAGCACGUGAAGACAGUGACUGCCCCAUAAAUGUACCCCAGAAAGGUGGCUUUCAUUUUGGAACUGCCAAAGACAGUUUCUGGAAAGAUCCUAAGGAGUAAAUUGAGAAACCAAGAGUGGGGGAGAUGAGGUACAACCCAAGGAAAAUGCUAUGAUGCUCAGAAGGUUUGGAAAGGAGAAAGAAGUGUGGUUGUCCAGCUCCUCCUUGGAACACUAUCCGUGCAGAGAAUAGGCAUCAAAGAUGGUCAGCUUCCAAAUGGGCAUUGUGGGUGGAUGCUGGGAAAUUCAAAAGCAUCCCUGGCCCACAGCUCACAGCCACUGCCUGGUUCAGCAAAUGUCCAUGGUUUAACUUCCUUCUCCAAAGACGUCCUCAACAUCUGUCCAUUGGUUUUACUAAGAGAAUUCUGCUGUUCCUGGCACAUACAAAUCACCACAGCCUUAGGAUAUCUGUGGUCUCAUUAUGCCAAAUGUGACCCUUGGGAUGAAGCCACUUGAUAACAGUAUCUGGGCCAUAACAUUGGUCAUACCCAUUAAUUUAGAAAUCACA